AUGAGUAGAUCUGUAAAGUCAGUCACCACUCUGGGUAGAAAGAAAAGAGCAAUUGCCACAUGUGUGUGCACAUAUUCAGGGGAGUUUUCCAUAAGAAUCAACAAGGUUCCUUUCAAGCUUAUUACAAACACCUUGAUGAUUGCAAAGCUCAAGGAGAUCAUAUGCAUUGUUGAGUAUGCUAACAUCAAGGACCUUUCAUUUGACAUAACAUGCAAGAUUGGAGGGGAGGUCUCCCGUGUGUAUGCAGUGAGAAUGGCCUUUUCGAAGGCAAUACUUGCAUUCUAUGGGAACUACCUUGACGAAUGGAAAAAACAAGAAAUUCAAAAGAGAUUGUUGGAUUUUGACAGAUUUAGCCUUGUUGCUGACUCGAGAAAGAGAGAGCCGAAGAAGUUUGGAGGCCCAGGCGCACGUGCAAGGUACCAGAAGUCCUACCGUUGA